AUGCAUGAAAAGUACGAUUGGUACUAUAUAAUGCCCGAUACAACUUAUGUAAAUCCGUUCGAACUUAUGCGAUUUGUGAAUCAUGUGAAUUGGAAUCGUCCGGUUGCAGUUGGAUACAGGGACGAUGAAGAUACGACAAGAUGCAGCUUACAUGCUGGAAUUCUCCUGUCAAAUCCGGCUAUGCAAUUGCUAAUGCAGUAA